AUGGUAGGGGCACCAGGGUCCACUCAUGACAAUGCAGUUUUUAAACAUAGCACUAUUGGUAGCAAAAUAUUAGAGACUCGGUUGGACACGCCUGGUCCAAAGGUAUUGCUUGGCUCGACAGUGGUAAUGCCACAUUUUUUUGUAGCAGAUCAGGCAUUUCCACUGUCAAGCCAUAUUAUGCGUCCAUUUGCAGGACAAGCGCUGCCUGAGGCUGAAAGCAUUUUCAAUUACCGCUUGAGCAGAUCUACUCGUAGAAGGGUAAUUGAAAAUGUGUUUGGAAUCCUUGCACAGCGCUGGAGGAUCUUGAGGAGUACUAUUAUUGCCGACAUUGAUACUUGCGAAGAAAUUGUGAAGGCAAUAAUAGUACUCCACAAUUAUUUGCAAGCCAGUGAGGCAGAGAUUCCAGCCAACGAACGACGAUACUGCCCUCACUGGCUUUGUAGCCUACGAGGUGGCGGGACAGCUGCAGGUGGGAGCGUGGAGUCAGGAGUCCUAUGA